UCUGGCAGCGCUGGCCAUACGUUUUCUGCGACAUCAACGGGGUUCCAUGUAAAAUUGUUAAAUCAACAUAAAUAAAGUGAUUAAUUCCACAAGUAAAUGUUAAAAAGUGCUUAUAAAUUAACAAUCCAGCAAGUUAUCAAUAAUUCAUCGCACCAAAUACCCAUGAAGUUGGAAAUAUCAAUGUUCAAGUAGCAGCAUACAUAUGUAGUAUAUAAUAUAACAUUUCUGCUUGCUCGCGUCGUCGUCGACAGAAAAUUUGUUGCAUUGGUAUUGGUGUAUCGGUUAACUAGCCAGGCAGCCCAUAACAAAUACUGCGUGUGUGAGAGAGCGAGAGAGAGAAAAGGUACUCCACUGGGCAGUGUUUGCAUUCAGUUUGUGUUUUUUCCAGUGUGUACAUACUAUGUACAUGCCAAUGUAAGAGUCGACGCAAGCUAAGGACCAUUUGAGCCUUGUAUUCUUGAGUUAUGAGUGUCGCUGCAAUGACUAUGGACGAUCAGAGACCCUUAAUGAACAAUUACGAUAAAAUGUCUACAAAAUAUGAUUCGAAUUUGCAUAUGCUCAGCAGUGGCAGUGGAGGGGGUGGCGUAGUUGCUGGGAGCAACGGUAAUGCCGCCGGUGUCGCUGCCGCUUGUAGCAACAGUGGCCCUUCUGGCCCCGCAUCGCCAACGCCAUCGGGCUCUGAGGAGCUGCCAACGUCACUUCAACAGCAACAACAACAUCAUCAUCACCACCACCAUCAUCAUCAUCAUUCGACAUCAACACAAGCGCAGCAAACACAGGAGCCACAACUACCGCAACAACAGCCUAGCAGACAUCAUCAUCACCAGCAACAACAACAACAACUGCAGCAGCACCAACAACAACAUCAAAAACAACAGCAAGAACAUGAUGUUGCUGUGGCCGACGCUGCCGUCGCCGCCGCAGCCGAACAGCGACGUCUGCUCGAAGAUGAGAUUGAAAAUCUCAAAAUGGAACAAGCUCGAUUGGGGUUACAAUGUGCUGAUGCACAGCGACGAGAAAAAAUACUCAUGCGUCGAUUGGCUAAUAAGGAACAAGAAUUUCAAGACUAUGUGAGCCAAAUUGCUGAGUACAAGGCGCAGCAGGCACCCACAGCUUUGGCUCUUCGCACUGCUCUGCUUGAUCCAGCUGUCAAUCUACUUUUUGAACGUCUCAAAAAAGAGCUUAAGGCUACCAAGGCAAAGCUAGAAGAAACACAAAAUGAGCUCUCUGCUUGGAAGUUUACGCCUGAUUCGAAUACAGGAAAACGAUUAAUGGCUAAGUGUCGGCUAUUGUACCAGGAAAAUGAAGAAUUGGGUAAAAUGACAUCAAACGGACGUCUGGCCAAAUUGGAAUCUGAAUUAGCUAUGCAAAAAAGCUUCAGUGAAGAAGUUAAGAAGUCGCAAUCAGAGCUGGAUGACUUCUUGCAAGAAUUGGAUGAAGAUGUGGAAGGUAUGCAAAGCACAAUAUUAUUUCUUCAACAAGAAUUGAAAACGACACGCGAUCGGAUUCAUACGCUUGAGAAAGAAAAUACACAACUUCGACAAACGAGCAACAGUCCAAAAGAAACCAACGAUAUUGCCACAAUGGCAGGGACUGCGGCCAUCAAUGGCCAAAGCGCAAGCAACAGCAACCAGUUUCAAACCAUUAGCAGCAAUCUGUUGCAUCCAAAUGAUGAGAAUGUUGUACAAGAGACAUCCGUGCUAGCGACCACAAGCGCUGUUAUUUACUAUAACGGCAUUAACAAUGAUAAACAAGCUACGGUCCCAGAGAUCAUAACUCUCGACGAAAGCAAUACUAGUAGAAAUGGAGCUGCCGCACGAUUGGCGCGAAAACGUAAUUACGAAGAGGAAGGUGCUCCGGCUUCGUGUGUCCAUGAGGCACCUGUAGUGCCGACAAUAAGAGAAAUAAGCACGCCACGUACUUUGCCGCCCAAGAAGUCUAAGCUUCGCGGUUUAGUUACCAGACGAAACUCACAACUUGAGGACGAACAACAAGCAUUAAAUCCUGUUACAGCGACUCCGCUUGCCAUGGACCAUAUGGUUUUGAAUGUGGUUCCAGAGGAAUCUACUUUAACUACAACAUCAGUGACAACAAAUACUGUUGAUCCAGCGACGCCUGCUCCUGAAGAUUCUCGUGAAGCCCCAACAACGACACCAGCUCGUAUUUUGACGAGACGUAGAUCGGUGCGAAUGCAACAAAACGGUACAAGUGGCAUUGAUUAUUGAGCGAGCAGUUUUUUUUUUAUAAAGCCUGCUUAUUUGUAUUUAUGACAUCAGAAGAUUAA